GCCCCUGCGCCCUGACCGCAGCGGCGGCGCCCUACCCUCCCGGCGUGGGCGAGCUGGCCGCGAGUGCCUCGCUGCUUGACGCGAAGUGGAGCCAAUCAGGGCGAAAGGCCCGGGCUGCCAUGUGACAGGCAAGGCGGCCCUUUUCCUCAGCGCGGCCAGAGGGUGGAGAGAACCGGGGCUUGCAACGAGCCUUCGAGAGCAGCGGCCGCGGAGCAGGCGGUGGCAGCGGCGGCUGGCGGCAGCGGCAGAGCCUGGGGGCUAGCCGGCCGCGCAUCCCCGGGCACCCCGGGUGGCGGAGAGCUCAGCGGGCCGCCAGAGCCGCAGGACAGGAGUGGACAAAGCAAGAUGGCAGGGAUCUUAGCCUGGUUCUGGAACGAGAGGUUUUGGCUCCCGCACAAUGUCACCUGGGCAGACCUAAAGAACACGGAGGAAGCCACCUUCCCGCAAGCGGAGGACCUUUACCUCGCCUUCCCCCUGGCCUUCUGCAUCUUCAUGGUGCGGCUCAUCUUCGAGAGAUUUGUAGCCAAACCAUGUGCUAUAGCCCUCAACAUUCAGGCCAAUGGACCACAGAUUGCUCCGCCAAAUGCCAUUCUGGAAAAGGUCUUCACUGCAAUUACAAAGCAUCCUGAUGAAAAGAGAUUGGAAGGCCUCUCCAAGCAGCUGGACUGGGAUGUUCGCAGUAUUCAGCGCUGGUUUCAACAAAGACGCAACCAGGAAAAGCCAAGCACACUGACGAGGUUCUGUGAAAGCAUGUGGAGAUUUUCAUUUUUCCUUUAUAUAUUUACCUAUGGAGUCCGGUUCCUGAAAAAGACCCCCUGGUUGUGGGAUACAAGGCAUUGCUGGUACAACUACCCCUAUCAGCCGCUCACAACUGACCUUCACUACUACUACAUCCUGGAGCUGUCAUUCUAUUGGUCUUUAAUGUUUUCCCAGUUCACUGAUAUCAAAAGAAAGGACUUUGGCGCUAUGUUCCUGCACCACCUUGUAGCUAUUGCCUUGAUUACCUUUUCGUAUGUCAACAAUAUGGCCCGAGUAGGGACCUUGAUCCUUUGUCUUCAUGAUUCAUCUGAUGCUCUUCUAGAGGCUGCCAAAAUGGCAAAUUACGCCAAGUUUCAGAAAAUGUGUGAUCUCCUGUUUGUUAUGUUUGCCACGGUUUUUAUCACCAUGCGACUUGGUAUAUUUCCUCUCUGGGUGUUAAAUACUACAUUAUUUGAAAGUUGGGAGAUUGUUGGACCUUACCCUUCCUGGUGGGUUUUUAACCUACUGCUAUUGGUAAUACAAGGAUUGAACUGCUUCUGGUCUUACUUUAUCAUAAAAAUAGCUUGCAAAGCUAUUUCAAAAGGCAAGGUGUCUAAGGAUGAUCGAAGUGAUAUUGAGUCUAGCUCAGAUGAGGAGGACUCAGAACCUCCAGGGAAGAACCCCCACACUGCGACAACCACCAAUGGGACCAGUGGAACCAACGGGUACCUCCUGACUGGCCCUUGCACCAUGGAGGAUUAAUUACAGGCAUUCCCUGGGUUAUGAACAUCCAACUUACAGACAACUCGUACUUAAGAAUGGACUGCCAUAAAGCCUAUUAUGUUAAAAGUUUGAGUUAAGUAAAAUGGUUCGUAACAACGAACGCACACACUACUUUGUGACACUCAUGAAAACAUUGCGCAGUUUGGAAGUUUUUCGUAAGUGUUUCAUAUGCAUAGAAAGAUAAAAUAUAUACUAUAUAGUAAGACAAACAUUUGACUAACUGACGCUAAAUAAGAACCGUAUGUAUCUGUUCCGAUUUACCUACAAAUUUGACUUAAAGACAGACUUAAGAACGGAUCUCGUUCCUAACCCAGGGACUGCCUGUAGUCAAAACUAUAAGUCCUGAAAAAAUUGAACUGUUUGUUCCUGGAAAUAUUUAAUAAGUUGCAAAUGCAGUUCCUAUCAUACUAUCUCAGCACCAGAAACAAAAUUUAGGAUUAUCAAAGCAUUUUGAUAGUGCACUGCCAUAUGUCCUGUCUGUGAAUGAAGCCCAUUCUCUAUAUGUAGGCAUGCUGUAUGUAAUUGACACAAGGGAAUAGUAAUUGCAUUCGUACUGUCUUAGAAUUUUAUUUAUUUUUUGUAUUUGUUUGUUAAUCUGUGGACAAAAGGGGAUUUCCUCACUCCUUUUACUUUCUGGGUUCAUGACAGUGAGGGAGAUACUCUAUCUGCUUCUGCUCCUUUCUAUUGCUGUAGCCCAGGCUGCUAUGAGCAUCAGCUUAAUUUGUCACUUAGAAUAAGCAAAACCCAGCGCAAGAUUCUCAUACAGCUCCAGAUAGUUUUACUUUCUUUGUUACAGUGCCCAUUUCAAAAUUGCCUGUGCAGUCUCAGUGACCAUUCUCCCAGUGUAAAGUUUAAACAGGAAGAACUAGAUUUUUAAAUUAUCACUUGACGGGGUCAAUUAGCAAUUCAAAUUAAAGAGCAUGGUGAUUGGAGAACUUUUUAAAAAUCAUUUUUUUUAAUGAAAUUGCUUUGGAAUAGACUUCCUUUCUUAUGCACAGACGGAGCCAAGAUUUCUUCAGUGAAUGUGGUAGGUAGUUGGAGAUUAAAUCUACCUUGUAGGUCACUACGAGUCAGAAUCGACUUGCGGACACACAACAAUAUGAUGAGGUCAUUGCUAUGGCUCUAAAGAAAGACAUUUUUUAAGCUCAUAGUUACAAAUAAAGAAUUCACUCUAAUGUUGGGAAGGUACCCCCGUGAGCUGGGUAUAACAUAGAGACCAUCUGAUUUCAACCAGGUUUUGCCACUACCCCUAUAAUUACCACAGUUUUCUAGCAUGUCAUGAAGAGAAGAAGUGUACCUCAGGGCAGAAAAUGGAGACUUUCAAGAGUUGGCAAAGAUCACCCCCAGUAUAAAACACUUCGUUGCAUUCAACUUUCAAGAAAGAACCCUAUCUAGUAUUUGUUCUUGAUGUUUUUAUUUUGCUGAGCAAAAUAAAGUCCAUGGGAGAAAGACUAUUUUACUCUUUGCCUUUUCUCCUUAAGGAGCCCUCGUGGCACAGUGGUUAAGUGCUCAGCUGCUAGCUGAAAGGUCAGCAGUUUGAAGUUCAAACCUACCAGUCACUCUACAGGAGGAAGCUACGGCAGUCUGCUUCUGUAAAGAUUACAGCCUUGGAAACCCUAUGGGGCAGUUCUACUCUGUCCUACAGUGUCACUAUGAGUUAGAAUUGACUCGAUGGCAAUGAGUUUGGUUUUUUAUUUCUCUUCUCCUUAAACAUAACUCAGAAUGACUUUCUUUUUGCUAGAAACAGAGCAGUGUCACUCUUGAAGUCCAGAAAUAUUUUUUUCAAAUGCAGCUAUUUCCAGAAAAACAAUAAAAAGUCUUUUGGACAGUGGCAACAUCAGCAAUGAGAAAGAUUACUAAAGAAUAAGUUUCUAUAAGUCUCCUAGUCUCCUACCUGGUAGUGUUAUUUGUGUAUAGCCAAAAAAAAAAAAAAAAAAAAA